CCUUCGCUCUCAUGACAACCACAGAGAUGCCCCUAUGUGGUUAUACUCUUUUACGAACCGAACAUCCAAAAUUAUUUAUCCUGGAAGCUAAACCAGGAAAUACAUUUGCCACUCGAGGAACAAUACCUGUGAACAAUCUCGAUAUAUUUACCUACAUGAAUUCUAAAUUCGUGUAUAUCGAGAAACAUGUUAGACAACAAAUGACAUCCCUGUAUAAUAAUGUCAUUUUGCAAAAAUGCGAAUUGGAAAGGCAAGUAAUAAUGAACGCGUUGUCGUUCGCUACGCUUCAACCUGACGAAUUCGCCUACCGGCUUAUGAAAGGACCAGGAUACAUGGCUGUGACCACUGGAGAAGCGGUCCAGAUAAUUAAAUGUAUACCUGUUGAGGUAAAGGUGAGAAAGACGGGAAAAUGUUAUAUAGAAUUACCCGUGACCAUACGUAACGAAUCCUUAUUUAUCACACCGAAAUCAAGGAUUGUUACUAAAAUCGGUAAUGAACGCGAAUGUAGUAUCGAAUUACCCACCUUGUACCGCAUCGAAGAUACCUGGAUUCAAAUCACACCUGAAAUCCAAAUUAGGCAAUUACCCCCAGAUCAAUUGAAACCUAUGGCCGCUCUGACAUGGAGAUAUCUAACUCCAGGACCCCUUGCGAGAAACCAGCGCUGCUUAAUGCCAUAGCCAGAGGAUUGACUGGACACUCUAUGAAUACUGAAGGAAUAUCAGUCUACAACUUGUUAGACGAAAAUUCCUUGAACAAAAUAGUGGAAAGUACUGCCUCAAGAAUAUGGAAAGGAUUUAUAAAUUUCGGCUCUGCAACAGCCGGAAUAGUCGGCAUAUUCAUGAUCAUCCGACUAGUGAAACUUGCAAUCGACACUAUCAUCCACGGAUACGCCCUACAUACUGUCUAUGGAUGUAGUAUUCACCUGUUCGGAGCAUUAUGGAGCUCACUCGCAAAUUUGUUACUUCAUCUGGCUCGGGACUCUGAAAAACAACGAAAAAACAACUCUGGAGGAACAUCAUCCCCUGAGAGACCGGCCAACCAGAUUAUAAAUAUGGAAGCCACAGCACCACCAGACGUAACCACCCAGGAACCAAUUCCCGUUAAGCCUCCCAGAAAGAAGGCACAACAUGAGGAAAACGCCAACCAAGUAAAUAUGCCUAUAACCUACUCUCACUUGAGAGAGCAUAUAAAUACUUUAGAUAACUCUACUCAAUCUCCCUAAAUCAAAAUCCUCUGAAAACUAUCGGAUUUUGACUCUUUAAGGGGGGAGGUGUUACGUCCCGCAAUGAAAAAUUUUCAAAAUCUUUAUA